AUGGAGGAACAGGAUGAAGGUUUCCUUGAAGAACAAGAACUGUUCCAUGAUUCGGAACAGGUAAUAGAUGACAUUGAUAUCGAUCGAGCCCCUAUAACAAAAGAAAGAUUCAUGAAAGAGAUUAUGAAAGACCCAAACGUGGUCUAUGAAGUUAUGACUGCCUUUCACGAGCUUAAAAUCAAAGAAACGAACCGUGCCCAGAACACCAUCCGGACGCUCAAGAAAGAGAAUGAAACCCUAUCUGCUGAACGAGACACUUUUGCUAUAAAAUGGGCCCUCUCUAGGGACCGAACUGGCACCUUUAGUAGUUACCGAUCUACCAAAAUCCCUGAUCCGCCGAUGCUGAGUAACGGCAAAGACCCGACCUUUGAGAAUUGGCAAUUAACAAUCUAUCAGAAAAUGACUGCUAACGCUGACCACUAUCCUACUACUGAGCUUUGUAUCGCCUACGUAACUAGCCGCUGCGAAAAGGAUGCGCGUCGGCAUAUAUCUCCUCGUCUCUUGACCCAGAACUACCGUAAUUUCGGUAAGAUCCUGAGCCACCUGAAAAGCAUCUUCGUGGAUCCAAAUAAGGCCCGUAAUGCCCGCCGAAAGUUUAACUCCAUAAAGAUGGCUGCUUUUAAGGACUACUAUACCUUUGCCUCAGAGUUCCAAUAUCUCGCGGUUGAAGGACAGAUCGAUCGUAACACUUGA